AUCUCUCACCACGCUCAAUUCCUCGCUCCUCAAUCGCCCCAUUUCGCCCUCUCUCUGUUGUCGUGGUGUUAUUCUUCCCUAGUCUCCUCCAUCAUGUCCAGCCAGCAAUGUCUCCGCCGCCUGGCAGCAAGCUCUCCUAUUCGUUCUCAUCCGCUGCUUCGCGCCUCGACCCUCACAGUGACAGCCCGACGCUCGAGUCCUUCCGCCGCCGCCCGGAACUACUCUGCUCUCUCCAAGGUGAACUCGUCCGCGCUUCUCAGCUCGCGACCAAGGAAAACGACAUCGACACCGCAAAUCUCUCGUCUAAGCCUCACGCAGCACCGUACCUAUGCCGAUACCAUCGUCAAGGUGCCUCAGAUGGCGGAAUCCAUCACUGAAGGCACAUUGAAGCAGUUCUCAAAACAGGUUGGAGACUUUGUGGAACAGGACGAGGAAAUCGCCACAAUCGAGACGGACAAGAUCGAUGUAUCUGUUAACGCACCCGAGGCCGGCACCAUCAAGGAGUUCCUGGCGAAGGAGGAGGACACUGUCACCGUGGGACAAGAACUGGUGAGACUUGAGGCUGGCGGCGAGCCCAGCGGUGGAAAGAAGGAGGCCAAGGACGAGCCGAAAGAGGCUGCACCAGAGGAGCAGGAAACUUCCUCGCAACCCGAAGGCGGACAAGAGGAGCAGGCCCCCAAGGAGGAGAAGCCGGCGCCACCGAAGCAGGAGUCGAAAUCAGAACCUCCAAAGCAGGAGUCGAAACCGCAACCACCUCCUCAAAAGAAGUCAGAGCCUAAAGAGGAGCAGCCAAAGAAGGUUGAGGGAGCUGGUAACCGGGAAGAGCGACGCGUCAAGAUGAACCGCAUGCGUCUCCGUAUUGCCGAGCGCCUAAAGCAGUCCCAGAACACCGCCGCAUCCCUCACCACCUUCAAUGAGGUCGACAUGUCAUCCCUGAUGGAGUUCCGCAAGCUCUAUAAGGAUGAGCUAUUGAAGAAGAGCGGUGUCAAGAUUGGCUUCAUGGGCUUGUUCUCCCGUGCUUGUGUCUUGGCCAUGAAGGACAUCCCGGCCGUCAACGCGUCCAUUGAGGGUCCUAAUGGUGGAGACACCAUCGUCUACAGGGACUACGUUGAUAUCAGUGUUGCUGUUGCAACGCCAAAGGGCUUGGUCACUCCUGUUGUGAGGAACGCAGAGUCGCUGGAUGUUAUUGGCAUUGAGAAGUCCAUUGCGGAACUUGGCGCAAAGGCUCGCGACAACAAGCUCACUAUCGAGGAUAUGGCUGGUGGAACCUUCACCAUCAGCAACGGUGGCGUCUUCGGCUCGUUGAUGGGAACACCCAUUAUCAAUCUCCCCCAGACUGCCGUUCUCGGUCUCCAUGCUACAAAGGACAAGCCCGUUGCCAUCAACGGCAAAGUCGAGAUCAGACCCAUGAUGUACCUCGCCCUAACGUACGACCAUCGUCUGCUCGAUGGCAGGGAAGCCGUCACUUUCCUCGUUCAGGUCAAGAAGUACAUUGAGGACCCGCGCCUCAUGCUACUCGGUUAAACCUAUCCACCCUUAAAUCUUGUUUCACUAGCUUUUGGCAUGCCGUUUUAGCAUAAACGCCUAAUUCUGGCUUCCUGCGUCCGUAUCAUAUGUGUUUACUGUGCCUUUUUUUUGGUACACUUGCAGGCUUUGAAGCUUGGUUUGCGAGCUUAGAUGAGCAGCGGGCGGAUAUUGUACUAUUAGUUGACUACUAGUGGUGGAGGGAGACUAGGACGAGGAGAUCUGGGGUUAAGGUUUGCGGUCGGGGGCAGGCCUGUGAUGGUUAGCAAAAGCAUAUGAGUGUGUUGCAUCGUGUCUUGUUUCUCUUGGGUUGUUGGUGAUGUCUUGUUGGUGACUUGGAAUCAGUGAUUGUGAGGGGGGCACUCCUAGUCCAUACUAUCUCGUUCAUCGAUGCGAUUUGAGCUUCAAGCACGUUCCUAAGGUCUAUUAAUCUUAUAGUAUGCUUAUCAAG